GAAGUCAGUAUCGCGCGAUCUCAUUGGCUCCUCUAGUGGGCCAAUGAACGAGGCUCUUGUACCCACGUGCUCAUGCCUCCAUGUGAGUAGUUGUCGCCUGCUAGCAAGCUGCCGUCCACAGUAACAUCAUGCUUCGUCGGGAGGCGAGACUGAGACGAGAGUACCUGUACCGGAAGGCCCAGGAAGACCGGCUGCGGACCAUCGAGGACAAGAAACAGAAGCUGAAGGGCGCCCUUGAAGAAAAUCGUCUCCUUCCAAGCGAGGUUCGCAAAGAUGCUCUGGAGCUGCAGAAGCUGCUGGAGUUCGACGAUGAGGGGGCCGAAGGUGUCAGCUCCCACAUGGACGAUGAGUACAAGUGGGCGGGAGUCGAAGACCCUAAAGUCAUGGUCACCACAUCCAGAGACCCCAGCUCCAGACUCCGAAUGUUCUCCAAGGAGCUGAAGCUGAUGUUCCCCGGAGCGCAGCGCAUGAACAGAGGGAACCACGAGAUCAACGGGCUGGUGAGGGCGUGCAAAGCCAACAACGUGACAGACCUCGUCAUCGUGCACGAAACCCGAGGACGGCCAGAUGGCCUGGUGGUGUGCCACUUGCCUUUUGGGCCCACGGCCUAUUUCACGCUGUACAACGUGGUGAUGAGGCACGACGUGCCCGACAUCGGCACCAUGUCGGAGGCCUUCCCCCACCUCAUCUUCCACAACUUCUCCUCGCGCCUCGGCACCAGGGUUUCCAAUAUACUCAAGUACCUUUUCCCGGUGCCGAAGGAGGACAGCAGGCGCGUGAUCACAUUCGCCAACCAGGAGGACUUCAUCUCGUUCAGGCAUCACACCUACAAGAAAACCGACCACAAGAACAUCGAGAUGACCGAAGUGGGACCCAGGUUUGAGAUGAAACUGUACAUGAUCAAGCUGGGCACCCUGGACAAUGAGCGCACUGCGGACGUGGAGUGGCGGCACCACGCGUUCACACACACGGCCAAGAAGAGGAGGUUCCUCAGUGUGCAGUAGGCGCUGAUGGAGACGAGAAGACGCUUUUUGGUGUGAUGUGGAGUUUAUGUCCUGAUGAUGUCCUGGGUUUUUGUCAUUUGCCAACCAAAUAUAAUAGAACUAUAAUUUGUUUUGUUUUUAAACUGCUUUAAAUCCUUCAUGAAUGAAGUCUCUGGCUUUUUUUUUUUUUUCAUAAACUCAUUGAUCUAAGCACACUUUUGAGUGUAAUAGAACCUGUAUUUGAAUAAAAUGUGCGUAUUGGUCUAUGUUGACUGUCUCCCAGUCUUCAUAUUUAUCCAAAUCUGCACAUAUUUACUGUAAA